AUGGCUCAGACAACUCCAAACCACACUCAGACUGUUUCAGGAUGGGCAGCUCAUGACCCCUCCGGCAAGAUCACGCCUUACGUUUUCAAAAGAAGGCAUGAAAUAACUGGGAUAAUAACCAAGGUGGGCAGCAAUGUGAGCAAAUUCAAGGUGGGGGAUAGGGCAGGAGUUGGGUGUUUGGCAGCAACUUGCUUGAAGUGUGAAUACUGUAAAGAUGGCCAAGAAAACUAUUGUGAUCAAGUCCAGUUUUCUUAUAAUGGCAUCUUUUGGGAUGGCAGCAUCACUUAUGGAGGCUACUCUAAGUUUCUGGUUGCAGAUCACAGAUAUGUCGUCCGAGUGCCGGAAAGCGUGCCGAUGGAUUCAGGAGCACCCCUAUUGUGUGCAGGAGUAACUGUGUAUUGUCCCAUGAAAGACAACAACCUAGUGGACUCACCUGUGAAAAGAAUUGGGAUUGUUGGAUUGGGAGGCCUUGGCCAUGUUGCAGUGAAAUUUGGGAAGGCAUUUGGGCACCAUGUAUCAGUAAUCAGCACAUCACCAUCCAAGGAGAUAGAGGCUAAAGAGAGAUUGGGUGCAGAUGAUUUCAUAGUAAUCAGCACAUCACCAUCCAAAGAGAAAGAGGCUAAAGAGAGAUUGGGUGCAGAUGAUUUCAUCAUAAGCACCAAUGCUGAUCAAAUGCAGUCAAAGAAAAGGACCCUAGACAUUAUUUUGGAUACAGUAUCAGCCAAGCACUCUUUGGGACCCCUAUUGGAGUUGUUGAAAGUCAAUGGAACUUUGGUGAUUGUUGGUGCACCUGAUAAGCCCAUGGAUUUACCAUCCUUCCCCUUGAUAUUUGGCAAAAGAGUUGUGAAAGGUAGCAUGAUAGGCAGCAUAGAAGAGACACAAGAAAUGAUGGACGUGUGCGGGAAGCACAACAUAACAUGUGACAUUGAGAUGGUAUCUACCGAUCAAAUUAAUGAAGCUCUUGAUCGACUUGCAAAGAAUGAUGUGAAGUAUCGGUUUGAGUAA